UGUCGCACGUUAACUCGUUCAGUCGAGCGGGGGGCAACAAUACGUGUCGCGUUCGUCGAGUGAGCGCGCACUCCUCUUUUUCUUUUUUUGUUUCCUCACCGUUUCGCACUUGCGCUUCUGCCUGUCUGUCUCGCGUCGAGUAACGCGCGAAAGGGUAACGAUGGGGAAGACGAUGACGGGCAAGGCCGCCGCCGUGUGCACGGCGAUGGCGUUCAUUCUCGUGGUGAUUGCGUUCACCACACCCAACUGGCUGGAGACCGAUGGCAAAUUCGACAACCCACAAUUCGUCAAGAUCGGUCUCUGGCAAGUAUGUUUCCAAGGUUUCCAGGAUCCACAUCAUCUCUACGACACCAGGUUUUAUGGUUGCUGGUGGGUGUUUGAGGAGGAGUACUACAUCAUACACGAUAUACUUCUGCCUGACUUCUUUGUUGCCACUCAAUUCUUUUUCACAUUGUGUAUGACGCUGCUUCUUAUCGGAAGCUUUUUAACCAUUCUCUAUACUUGCUGCUCUCGUCGCCACGAGAAAUAUCAAUUGCUGCUGUGGGUGAAUGGUGGCAUUUUAACUUUGGCGGGUCUAUGUGGUGUCAUAUCAGUCAUUAUAUUCGGCGCUAGGGGCGAUGGCCGUGAUUGGAUGCCUAAUUGGGAGCACAACGAUAUUAGCUGGUCUUUUGCCUUGGCUGUAGUUGGCAGCGUCAUCCUGAUAGUCGCUGGUGCUCUAUACUUGAUCGAAGGACGCAGGUACAGGAAGAAACAAGAGCGAAUACUGAACGACGAGCAGAAGACACAUACUACCAUUUAGCAUAUUUUUAAAUGAAUCUCAAUAAGACAUGUGCGUACGCUAAUACCGCCGCCGCAAGAACAAGCAAUCUUACUCAUCAAAUACAAAUCAUGGACGAAUCUCUCUGUGAAGACUUGUAACAUUAUAUUGUUAUAUAUCUACAUUAUAAUUAUAUUAUAUUAUGAUAUUUAUAAAUAUAUAUCUCGUGAUGUGUGUAUCUAUAGAUACAUGAUAUCUAUAGAUCUGUAUAUACACACGAGAGAGAGAGAGAGAGAGGGAGAGGAAGAAUGAUUAUUUACCACAGGAAAUGCAGCAUCGAGCCUGAGAUUAUCUUUACGUUGACAAAAAGUCCGAAAAUUCGAAUAUUCGAAAAUCGAAUAUUUGCUGUUACGACGAGAAGUUUCAAGUGUUCUAAUUGAUUCUAAGUUUCAAUUUCAAUGUUGAUAUAACACGCACACACAUCGUAUAUCUAGUGAUAAUCCGUCCAUUAUAUAAUUUUAAGAGUACAGACUAAUUUUUAUACAUGUACAUACAACAAAUGAAAAUAUAUAAAUCUACGUUAUUCACAUACUCUGUACACAGCAGAUCAAUAAAGCGAUUGUUAACCAUUUA